AUGGACAUCAUCAACGAGAUUGUCACGCCCAACCCUGCCAUCCAGCUGUGGCCGCGCCAGGCGCAAGAAUCAGGCAACUGCAUCGAUUGCCCAGCUGAAAUACCACGAUGUUCGUGCAAGAAGAACCAAGUUUGUGUUCAAGUCCCCAGGCUAUGCAAUGUUUGCGCGACGGUCCGAUGUGAUACUGUCUCGGGGGGCAGCGGCGGUGUUAAUCCAGGCGUGAUUGCCGGACCAGUUGUCGGUGCAGUGAUCGUCGCCGCGAGCUUGUGUCUCUUCUGGUGGCUUCGGCGUAAAAAGAGGCGCGACCUUGCCCGUCUCGAGGACCUCGCGGACCGCGCUCGCAAGGGCGAGUCUUCGGCGUUUCAUCUUUCCAAUUCCGGUUCACCAUCGACCUCGCGUCAUCAGUCGGCACAGUUCGGUGCGCGUUCCUCCACCAGCAACGGCUCGCAGUCCUCGUCGCAGCGCCUCCCCAACGCACCUGUCGAACACGAGUAUCGUGACGCCAACGGCAACACGGUGCGCGUCUACGGCAAGCGCGGGGCCAUCAACGCGGAUCCCAACCACCCCGACAACGGUGGCUCGGGCGACCCCUUCAGUGACCACGCUCGCCUCUCGACAGACCGUGCCGAGAGCGGCCACUCGACCAAUGUCGUCCCUAUUCACUUCGUCCCAAGCCAAGACUCGCCCACAGCCCGCGCAGGUCAGCCAUCGAACGCAACGCAGCAAGCGGCUGCGGCACGAACUCUUGAUCAGGCGCGGCAGAACCUGUGGCGUCCCCGUGCUCCUCCACCUCGUCCAGCCCGUGCUCCCGACCUCGACCUGCGUCUCAACCCUAUGCAGCAGGCCGACCACAACCAGUUGUUAGGAGAGGGUAGCUCGUCACGCGACUCGUUCCGGUCCGGCAUCUCGGUUACCCCUUCGUUCCUUUCGGGCGCUACUGGCGAUCUCCACAUCGACGUGCCCAAGAUCAUGACGCGCCAGGCUGUGCAGGUCGGUCGUCUUCAGGCUGCCGAGAUGGUCCAGUUUGGUGUUCAACAACCCGUUUCGUUUGAUACGCAGCAAACCGUUAGUGAGGAGACGACGUCGUCUACAGGGUCUGAUCCUUUCACCGAACGCCAUGCCGAGAUGCUCAAUUUGACGCCUCCCAACACCGCGACUCCACACGCUGGUGGUGUUCCGGCGCAGUCGAGCACGUCGCUGGCAUCUCGGGCAUUCGAUGAUGAGGGCAACGUAUCCCAACCGAGCCCGACCGACCUCCGUUUCUCGAUGGGAUCGCUGGCAUACGACCGUGCCUCGGUGUCCACUCAGGGUACCAGCAACCACAACCAUGGCCGGUUCCUGAGCCCUCAAGACCAGCCUCCAGUUCCCAGUCUCCCUGCCGGUUAUGAGCGACAACGUUUACAGUCAAUGUCUUCGUACAAGUCGACUGGCAACGACUCGCUCCUCGGCUCUUUCCCCAUGAUCCCUCCUGCAUCUGGUAAUACCAAUGCGUCCAACACCGACCUCUCCUCCCCACAGAUUGGUUCUGCUCCUCCUACAGCCUACAAGGCCACUCCCGGCGCAGGCGCCAGUACUGCCCCUGGUGGGCGUCCUCUCACUACCGCCUCGGCCCACUCUCUUGCCGAUUCGUUCCUCGGUCGCUUCCCAUUCGUCCCCCCCAACGUCGACGCAGACGGUUCUUCUCGAGCCUCGGAACAGGCUCACCCUUCCCGCCUGACACUUGGGAUGAGCAACGUCUCGGGUCUCGGCGGGUUCGAGUUUAGCUUUGACCGGUCGGGAAGUAGCGGCGACGAGGCCCCACCUCUUCCAACCGGCCAAAGGAACGCAGAGACCGCGACGGCAUCGGCUGCAUCGGCCGCACCUCCUUCUCCAGCCCAACUAGCGUCCAAGGGUUAA